AUGACGAUUAGGGACUGCCCAUGCCUUGCAAACGCCUUGUAUCCGGAUCCGAUCAACCCAACCAAAAUGUCCAAUUAUAUCUUCAAAGAUGUUGUGAGGGAGAUCCGACCAAUUAACACUCAUCCCUCCUUCCAUUUCGAUUGUGCGUGGGUUAAGCGAGUAGCUUGGCAACGUCGGCUUCCUAAACAAGACAUAGCUGCUAGUAGUGCUACCUUAUUAACAUAUGGCUCUUAUGGCCUUGGGGUUCUUGGUUUAGAGUCCAACAUUGAUGCUUUACGUGUUGGUCCUACUCAUUUUGACAACUGCUAUGUGUUGAUACCAGAGAGUUCUUACUCGAGACUACGUGGGAGGGAAGUAGGUUCUGGAAAAACGAGUACGACAUCGGUGCUUUAUGUAUUGAUCUUGGUCCUUACUGAUUUUAACAGCAGUUAUGUGUUGAUACGAGAGAGUGCAUUGUUGAGAUUACCUGAGGUUCAUGGUUCAAAGUACUACAUCGAUGCUUUAUCGGAUGAUUUCUUUAUUGUUCUAUAUAACAUGCUUAAGAGCAGACCUGAGGUAUCUGAGAUUCAUUAUGUGAAGGACGCAAAAGUCCUACUAAUGCGUUUUGAGUUCGAUGGAAUCUCGAUAAAUCUUCCCUUUGUGCAGCUUAAAGUUUUAGUUGUUCUAGAGCUAAAUGGGUUUCUUGGAGGAAUUCAUUUGGCAAUUCUUGCUGCUUUUGUUUGUCAGUGUGAUCCAUAUGUGGGUUUGAGUGCUCUAAUUUCACAUUUCUUCAUAACGUUUGCUUUCUGGCCUUGGCCUAGACCGGUUGAACUGCAAGAUGGAAUGUUACAUUCUACUCUAAAUCCCACAGAGACGCGGUUAUAUAUUCCCAUUCGGUUGCCAUUUAGUCCUUAUGAAUAUUGCCAUUCAAACAUCACCAAAAGCACAUUCUAUAAAAUCAGAACUGAGUUUCUUCGUGGCCAUAACUUAACUAAGGAUCUUUUGAAGUUUGAUUUUGAUUGGCACAAUGUAUUGGAGCCUUUUCCUUACACAAAGAAAUAUGUUCGGUUUCUCAAAAUUUUUCUUUUGGCUUCUAAUCAGGAUGAGUUUGGAGACUGGGUGGGUUGGAUAAAGUCUUGCUUCCGUUGUCUUCUCAUCAAGCUAGAGGAGGUACAGGGUCUUUGUGACCCUAAUCCUGUAGAAUACAUCGAUGUCAACAUAGUAGACCCACAUGUCAUUUUCUACUGGGGCUUACAAGCAGGCAAAACUAAUGCCAUAGACAUCAAAUCCGUGAAGGAUGUUUUUUGGAAGAAUAUCAGUACCGGGUAUCAAGGCCCUUUCGGAAAAUAG